GUCAGGGAAAAGAAACAUCAGUCUGGACAGGUGACAGAAAAACCAAGCUAAAAAUUUUCAUCCAAAUCGAUCAAGCCGUUUUGGCGCUAAACCUGGACAAAGAGACAGACAUAUAGAACGAUCGAGAAAUAGGGUUCACCUAAAGCGGAGCGGAGAUCCAAUAAACUGCUCGGCUGUUUUCGGAAAAACCGUAAUUUCAUAUGAACAUUCACUUGACGAUUGAUUUCUGUGACCUUAUAUUUGAGGAUUGUUGUUGUCGUUAUAUGUUUUAUGGCGCUUAUAACUUCAUGUCAUCGUGUUAUUACAAAUACCGUUUUGCGAAUUUAUCGAAAAUGAAAGUAACAUUAACACAGCGUUCUCAGCUAUGCCCUGAAGGAAUACUCUGUCGUAAUGCUUCUUGAAUUAAAAAAAAAUUCAUGUUUUUUUGCCUUAUAUUUCUCUUAAAUUACUAUAAAACGACACGGUUCCAGUUCACACUAUGAAUUUUCUUUGUGUACAAAUUAACAAAUGCAUAGACGCCUCGGGUGCAGUGUGAGAAAAUUCACGUUAAACGCGUUACUUGGACAAACCGUCGUCAUAGAAAAAUAAUCUUUAAUCGCAAACAAAAAUCUUUGUUUGAGAUGAAACCAGGAAGGAUUUUUAAUCAUGCGAUUCCGAAAUAAUCUAUGUUGGUGACUUCAACGCAAAGUUUAUUAAACAAUUGCCUGCUACUUCUACCAAUCUAUCAAAAGUUAGUUAGCUUGAUUAAAAUAUUGCAACCUUAAUUAUCUUUACAUUUCAUAUGCAGAAAAUGAAGUUGUACUAUCAUAAUUUUAGUCCCCCCAGUAUGGGAGUCUUGUUCACCCUCAACCAAUUGGAAGUUAAAUACGAACCUUAAUUUCUGGACGUCGUCGUAAAACUUGACCAGCUGAAGGAAGAUUUUCUAAAAAUAAAUCCACUCGGAAAAGUUCCUGUACUAAAAGAUGAAAGCUUUUGUUUAACUGAAAGUCACGCCAUUGCCCAGUAUGUCUGUCUCAAAUAUGAAGAAGAUUACAAGUCGCAAAAAUUAUAUCCGACAGAUUUGCAGAAUCAAGCAAAAGUCAAUUCGCUCAUGUAUCUUGAAUCAAAUUGCUUUUCAAAAAUCUACAAUUACGUGCACUUAGGACUGUGGUUGAGUGAUCAACCACCAAGAAAAGACAGAUUGAAUGAUGUUUAUUCGAGUUUGAAUAGUUUGGAAACAAUACUUGAGCGAAGCAAAUUUCUUGCCGAUGAACAUCCAACAUUGCCAGCGUGAUUCUACAUCUAACUCUUGGCGGCAGUGAAGCAGAGAUAGGAGAAAUUUAUUAUUUCGUCAACCAGAAAAAAAGCAUUGCAUCAAUAAAAAAAUGUACCACAACAUACGCAAAGUUUUCCGGUAUAGACUGUGGGACGUAACGACCACGCGGUCAUCAGAGUCAGCUUCCCCCAAUCAGGAUCGUCAGACGAUUGUCCACUCAAAUUUAUGUUUGUUGCAACAUAAUUGUUAGAGAGUAAAAUUAACUUGAAGGCUGGUUACAUACUCUUUACAAUUCUGCAACAGUGACUCGUAUACAACCAACUUCGUAUAGGCAGAUGAUCUGAAUUUGAACGAAAAGAUACGCUUAGUAAGCACGAGUAUUGCUAUGAAGUUGGCGUACGCUUAAACGCCUGUAACGCCGAAGCAGACCACAAUGGUAGGCUACUAGACUACCUGUAGUCUGACCACCAGAUUACUGAGACGUGAUCACGGAACCACGGUACAGUGCACAAUUUUCAAUUUUGAUGUGAAAAACGAUUAUCAUGGAAUACAUUGAUAUUUUUGAAAUAAACAAUUGUCUUCUAACGAUAACAACGAGCUUUAACCAAUGACAAUGUCAAGGCAAUUGGUCCAACAGUUGAAGGGAAAGACGACUCUUUUACAACAACAACAACAACGUGAUACAUAGGUUCACUUCAUUUUCGAUAAAUAGUAAAGAUUUCAAUGAAGGUAUAACUAUUAAUCAAUAUUAUCAGACGAGUUGAUUUAAAAUUGCUUUUACAAAUUAAUUUGUCACAAUUAAAUUGGGAAGAAUGUAAGAAUAAAUAGUAGCGAAUAUCUAGAUAACAACACGCAUUCCUAAUGAACGGAAAUUUCCGUGACAAAGUUUCACAUUAAUCUGACGGACGGCGAGAUAAUUACGGUAACAAUCGAAAAUUAGGAUUGUUGAAAGGACUCGGGGCGGCAUUUCAAUUUUUUUAUUCAAAUAUCUUAUAUCUUAAUUAUCAUAUAUCUAUAUAAUAAGAUAAAAUAAAGUCUACACUCUACAUAUAUGGCCACGGUGAGGAAAUCUUAUAAUUCAUUUUGUAAUUCUUUUUACAAUAUCUGAACCAUGCUGUUGUCAAAAAUGGGACUAGAGGAACAGGGUGGGACAAGUGUAAAGAAAUGGGACAAAUGUGAGACAGGCGUUGUAAUAUCAUAUAUAUCUGAUAACCCAACUGUUUCUGUAGAGACCUUAUACGUGACGUUUCAAAAAAAUUUGGGGAUGAAAGAUAAAAUAAUCGUCACGGAUCAUCGAUCGUUGUCUAAUGAAAAUUGAUUAACAAGUUUCAAAUAGUAAGCCUGACCGCUGUGAAUGAACGCAAAAAAUAAAAAUAAGGACCGUGCUUUGCAGUUUCGACCUUUUUGCCGUGUCAUGUUAGGGCAUCACUCUCUAGCUGAGUGAUGCGAUUCCAAGAAAGGCAAUGUGGGGUAAAGUCAAUGAAUAUCAAUUUGGAUUUGUUGAAAAAUACCUAAACGAAGAAAUACAUCUGAAAAAUUUAUACUGAUCAGGCGACAGACAAUUUGUCCAGCUAUAAUAAAAAUUAUCUUAUGAAUUAAUACUUUUACUCUCUAACUUAGUGCAAACUGGACGAUUAUUAUCCAGCUACGAGGUAUUUUAAUUAAGAUAGGUGGUAAGCCCAAUGAACUCGUUAGUAUAAUCGUGGAAAAGAUAACAAAUUUCCAUACAUGGCUGGGUCGAGAAUAUCAAUUUAUGAUCUAGACUGUAGGUGUAGGAUAUAUUCCUUUUCAGAACAAAGCUACGCACAGUCCGUAUGGUAAGUAAUAAAUCUAAAAACCAUACAUGUACAUUGUAUAAGAGAAAUAUUUUCAGGCGAUAAAUGAUGGAGUGUGUUUAAAUGUAGCGUUGCAUGUGUGCAGGACAAAUUCCUUGUUGUGUCCUAUUUUUGUUUUUUUUUGGCAGAAAAAUGAAAUCGAGGAUUCUAUGACUAGAUAAAUUCUCUAGCGUUACAAGAUACGAUAUGAUAUAUUUCUUUUACAAUCUGCAAGCACGCAUUGUUUUUUUGUUUUUGAAUAUUUCCGGUGUAUAGCAACAAUGUGCAAAUCAAUUUGCACGAUGCCAUAAAUGUCUAGACGCAAGAGCAAAACCUGAUCGACGAGAAAACAUUUCAGAGACACUUCAAUUGAGAUCUUCUUUAUUUCUUAUAUAUACUUGAAAAUUCUCGUAUUCAUAGACGUAUUCCAAGUCAAAAGAACGGGAGAUUUUAUAUGCUAGAGCGAUAGACAGAGAUUUAUUGUUACAGAUGUUUCCAACAUUAUGAGUAAUAUUAUUCGAUGCUUUCACGAGACAGGGUGUCGGCUUGCGAAUGGGUACUAGAAGACAGCGGAGAGUUAAUGGACGGGUAUCUGUUUAUUUAUAUUGGUACAUGUGAUAAUUUCUUAUACCAUCUGGACAAACUGUCACCUGGUAAUGUGGAUUGUACAGCAAUCAACUUAUGAUCGAAACUGGAGCAUAUAUGCCCAUUUUCAAACAUUGGCACCAAUCCACAGUUCUCUUGUCAAGUAAUAAAUCAGGAAUAUAUACAUGUAUAUUUGUAUAUUAUAUUAAAUAAUAGAAACGUUAUUAGACAACAAGUAAUUGAAUGCUCAUGUGUUCGAAAGUAGCGUGACAUGUGUGCAGGACAAAUUCCUUGUGUUGUUCUAUUUUAGUUUAUUGGCAGACAAAUAAAUUUUGUGAUCAAAUAAAUUUUUUAGUGUUCAAAGAUACGAUACAUUUGAUUGCCAAUCCGGUGUGUGUAAGCUAAAACGUGCAAAUCAAUUUCACGUUUUAUAAUUGAAUGCAAUCAUGCUGUCAUAAAUGAUUACACGCUAGCGAAAUAACAUCAGAUUUUUGUAAAACUACAUCAUAGAAGAUUGAGUACUAGCUAGGCAUUUGUAAUGUUGCCACAAUAUUAUCGGUUUGAUUCAAUGAAAUGAAUUUUGUGAGAUAACUUGGUUGCAACUCAAGAUCAACUUGAUCUAAGAAAAUAUACUUAUAGACAGUCUUUUUUUAGCAUAAAUCAUAAAACAUAUCGUACUACUGAUACCGCCUAAAUAAAACCAAAUAUUCUCUCAGUAGCUAGCUUAGAAUACUGCAACCUCGAGAUUAUACGCAGAAGAUGGAGUUCUACUACCAUCCUUUUAGUUCACCUUGCAUGGGAGUCUGGUUCACUCUCAACCAAUUGGGCGUAAACUUUGAACUUAAAUUUGUCGACCUAAUUACGGAAGUUGACCAGCGAAAGGAAGAAUUUUUGAAAAUGAAUCCACUUGGAAAAGUUCCUGUACUUAAAGAUGGAGAUUUUUGUUUGAACGAAAGUCACGCCAUUGCUCAGUAUUUAUGUCUAAAAUAUGAAGCGGAUGAUACAGCUCAAAAGUUAUAUCCGAAAGAUUUGCAGAAUCAAGCAAAAGUUAAUUCGCUUAUGUAUCUCGAAUCUGAUUGCCUUUCAAAAAUCUACAAUUACGUGAACUUGACCCUCUGGGCGCGUGAUCAACCACCAAGGAAAGACAGAUUGAAUGAUGUUUAUUCGAGUUUGAAUAGUUUGGAAACAAUACUUGAGCGAAGCAAAUUUUUGGCCAAUGAACAUCCCACAUUGCCAGAUCUGUUUGCUAUUGCAACAGUCAACUUGCUUGAUGUGGCAAAAUUCAAUGACUAUCAGAAAUAUCCCAAUCUUGUGGCGUGGAAACAAAGAAUGCAGCAACUUCCACAUUAUGAAGAGAGCGUUGGAAAGCACAUUCCAGCCAUUACUGAUUUUUUCCAGUCAAAAGCCUAUUUAAAUUUGCCGAAAAAUGACUACUGGGGCAUAAAAUAAUGUGGAAAUAUAUAUGUAUUUUUAGUGAUAUGAAAGAAUCAUUGUCAAGGGCAUCAUUGCUAAGAAUAAAUGGUGAUAUCUAUUAACACAAUAUUCCGUUCAUUAUUCGAUGAGAACGCUGUGUGUUGUUCAAAUUUUAUCUUCCACACUUGUUUCUAUUGCGUUGUUUGCAGGCAUCUUGUGACAUCGACAUUGAGACAAUCAGAAUUUUGACUUGUCUGACGAGUGAACUUUCGCCCUUGUUAAAACAUUCAUUACUAUCUCGUAACAAUGACUUGUAUAGCGCCAAGCUCGUUUUAUCAAUAUCUCUCAGAGUAAUAUUUUAGAAAUUUCGGCUAAAGGUGCCGCGGAUCUUCGUUUAAUAAUUCUUGAUGUGGCGACAAAUAAUACAUCAGUUACACAAUAAGCCAAUGGGAAUUAAACGUGUUUUUUCCAUCCAGCCUCAAAUGACGUUAGUUUUAUCAGUUUUAUCGUAUCAAUAAGCUACUUAUAGUUUUCUCUGUUGUUUUCAGUCUUGCCAAAUAUUUUAUUUUGGUGUUUUUAUGCUGACGUCACCGAAAUCGCCAAUCGAAGCGCUAAAAAUUGCAAAUCCCAUAAUUUCAUCUCAAUGAUUUUAGCAAUAAUAAUAAUUGUGGUAAUAGUCCGGCAGAUGAGGGGCCUUUUUGGGCCCUACCUUGUUUUCAGACAUAAAUUUUUUUUUUAUUUGUGAUUGUUCAU